UGCUCGCCUUCUUGCUAGGGUUUUUCAAAGAGUUGUGAACGCUGCGAUUUAUUUUACCUCUGGAGCUAAGAGCAGGAGCCGCUUAACCCUCGCUCGGUUCUUCAAGUAAUCAUGGUGACUCAAAUCAGUAAGAAGAGGAAGUUCGUAGCAGAUGGUGUUUUUUUCGCUGAACUCAAUGAAGUGUUGACAAGAGAACUAGCAGAGGAUGGAUACUCUGGCGUGGAAGUUAGGGUAACACCAAUGCGAACUGAAAUUAUUAUCAGGGCAACCAGAACCCAGAAUGUGCUUGGGGAAAAGGGCCGGAGAAUCAGAGAAUUAACAUCUGUGGUCCAGAAAAGGUUCAAUUUUCCUGAGAACAGCGUUGAGUUGUAUGCUGAGAAGGUGAACAACAGGGGUCUUUGUGCCAUUGCCCAAGCGGAGUCCCUCCGAUACAAACUGCUUGGAGGACUUGCUGUCAGGAGGGCUUGUUAUGGUGUGUUACGGUUCAUCAUGGAAAGUGGGGCCAAGGGAUGUGAGGUGAUUGUGAGUGGGAAACUGCGUGCCCAACGUGCAAAGUCCAUGAAGUUUAAGGAUGGGUACAUGAUCUCUUCCGGCCAGCCUGUGAAUGAAUACAUCGAUUCAGCUGUGAGGCAUGUCUUGCUCAGACAGGGCGUCCUUGGCAUCAAAGUCAAAAUCAUGCUCGAUUGGGAUCCAAAGGGAAAGCAGGGUCCGACCACGCCUCUCCCUGAUCUUGUCACAAUUCACACCCCAAAGGAGGAGGAUGAAUAUGCCAGGCCGCCCCCUGUUGUCACCGAAAUCGAGGCUUUGACCUGAAGCUCUUGUAUGGCCAUAUCCUCAUCUUUUUGUUCUAAUUUUGGAAGUCUAGUAGGGACUGAGACUAGUAUAUGUGGGAGUGCUGGCUUUUUUUAUUAUAGAGAUUCCUGAUCUUGGCUAUAAGUCGAUAGUUAAAUGACUGAUUAAACGGAGUUCAAGCGAAACUGAAUUAUUUUUUGUAUUUGUUAAUUUUUUGGUUAUGUAUGCCCCACUUGGUUGCCAGGAUUGGGUUCCAUGCAGCAUCACUUGGCUAAUUGGUUGUUUUGGCUUAAAAUGCAAGAUUGAGAGAGCUUAGAAAGAGGGUUAAAAAAUUGGUGUUGACUUGUGAUCGCCCAAGUUGAGCCGGAUCCAGCAGUCGUCGUUUGAUUUUUGUUUUUUCCCUUUCGCCAACUCGGAACAUCUUCUAGCUCACGUGUAAAUCAUAUUAAAAAAGGAUUUUCAUGGGAAUUAUAUACUAUGAGACCAUUUAUCCUUAUUGUAAGGAGGUCAUUAUCAAGUUAGUUUGGGAUGUUACGAAGUUUGAAAUGAAAUCUGGCGUAGGGUCUGUGACGUCCUUGUAUCCAAAGAAAAUGGUCUGUUUAUAUAGAGGAUGAGACAUUUAAAGUC